UGAGAUAAGAUGUCUACCGAUGAAGAAAUGGUUAUGUUGGCUGCGGCAAGUUUUAUUUUUAUAAAUGAAGAAGAAAAGAAGAAAGAACAGAAAACCAAAAAAAGCCGGCGUUGGUGGGUGACACACAUUUUCAAACAAAGGAAUCGGUUAGGUGGUACAAAAUUAUUACGCAGUAUGCAGCUGGAAGAAGCGACAGGUCAAUUUAAAAACUUUGUGAGGAUGUCGGCAGAAGAUUUUGAAUUACUGCUAAACGAAGUUGGCCCUAUAAUAGCAAAGCAAGAAACAAAAUUUAGAAAAAGCAUUACCCCUACGGAACGGCUGGCACUAACGUUACGUUUCCUCGCAACAGGGGAUUCGUAUACAAGUCUACAGUACCUCUUCAAGAUAUCUAAGCAAGCAAUUUCAUGCAUAAUUCCAGAAGUUUGUGCUGCACUCAUUGAGGCUCUCAAAAGUUAUGUUCAGCUGCCUAAAACUGACAACGAGUGGAGGCGUGUUUCUGAAAGAUUUGAAAAAUCGUGGGGUUUUCCUAAUUGUUUAGGAAGCAUGGACGGCAAGCACAUAGUACUCCAAAGUCCUAUAAACAGCGGAAGCGAUUACUUUAAUUACAAAUCGUUUUUCAGCAUUGUAUUGUUUGCUUUGGUAGAUGCUGAUUAUCAGUUUAUGUUCGUUGAUGUUGGGUGUCAAGGACGGAUAUCUGAUGGAGGGGUUUUUAAGCAUAGCAAACUGCAUAAACUUCUUCACACAAAUAGUUCGAAUUUCCCAGAAGACAAAUCCCUGCCAGGAAGGGAUAAAUUAAUUCCCUAUGUUAUAGUGGGAGAUGACGCAUUCCCGCUUACAGAGCGUAUUAUGAAACCUUUUUCUGGUAUGUAUGAGAAGGGGUCAUCCGAAAGAAUAUUUAAUUAUCGACUUAGCCGAGCCCGCCGGAUAGUAGAAAAUGUAUUUGGUAUACAAUCUGCAAUAUUUCGUGUCUUACGGAAACCUAUUUUACUGCAACCAGAAAAGGCAGAACUAGUAGUGCUCACAACAGUUUACCUUCACAACUUUUUGAGGAAAUCUGCUUCAUCACGAAAUAUAUAUACUCCGCCGGGUACAUUUGACUCUGAGGUAGAAGGAAAAAUAAUAGAUGGUAGUUGGAGAAAAGCACAUGGUGACAACGCUAGCUCCCUCCGGCCUAUGCGCAAUGUACCUCGCAGACCAACACUUAAUGCGUCUUCAAUUCGAAUUGAAUUUUCCGAGUACUUUAAGAGUAAUGGAGCCCUACCUUGGCAAGAUGAAUAUGCCUAAAACGUUUGCACUUACCAAAUCUUUUUCUGUGUCCAGUGUAUCUCGGGGAGCGUCUCGGUCAAGCAAAAAAUGCAUCCUUUCAAACGCAAACCAUUUCGAUAUGUACACUUCUUGACGUGCUAGAAACAAUACAUCAUAUAAAUAUGUACCUAAUAAUAAAAUGUACUACUUCA